AUGCCGUACGCAACCACAAGGACGUCGCCGCAGCAGCAUAGCCGUAUCACCACCAACGGAAGGGUUGUGUCAAUGUGCCCGGGGCACACGGAGGUGCCAGGAGAGGUGGCACGGCACCACGAGCAUGUGGUAGCCGCAGGACAAUGCUGCUCGGUCAUGGUGCAGACAAUUGCAGCACCAGUGGAUGCGGUGUGGUCACUUGUGCGGCGCUUCGACCAACCACAAGAAUACAAAAGCUUCAUCAGGAGUUGUCGGCUCGUGGAUGGUGACGGCACCACGGUGGGAUCAGAGCGGGAGCUGAUUGUCCAAUCUGGACUGCCUGCCAACAGCAGCCGUGAUCGGCUCGAGAUCCUAGACGACGCACUGCGGGUGAUCAGCUUCAAGAUCCUAGGUGGCGAGCACCGCCUCUCCAACUACCGCUCGGUGACCACCGUACAUGAGGCCACAUCAUCGGAUGGGCCGGUUGCAAUGGUGGUCGAGUCCUACGUGGUGGAUGUACCACCGGGGAACACAGCCCAAGAGACAUGCGUUUUCACGAACACUAUCAUUCGGGCCAACCUCCAGAACCUAGAACGCAAGGUUAUGGGUCGGCUCGCAAUGGCAGCGCCACACCAGAACCACUGA